AUGAUGAUGGCAGAGCCCCUUCUGGCGCUCCUCCCGGAGGUGUCACGCCCGCAACGUCUUCCACCAAUCAAGGAGCGUAUUAUGUGGACGGCAGCUGCGCUUUUCAUAUUUUUGGUUUGCUGCCAGGUUCCUGUGUAUGGUGCCCGACCCGGCCAGGCGAGCGAUCCUUUUUAUUGGAUGCGUGUGGUGCUGGCUAGCAACAAGGGGACACUCAUGGAACUUGGUAUUUCGCCAAUUGUCACCGCCUCAUUGAUUAUGGAGCUGCUUUCGGGAGUGAGGCUAAUCAGCUACGAUGCGAACAAUAAGAAGGAACGUGCUGUUUUUGAAGGAAUUCAAAAAAUUGCGGCUCUUCUCAUCACCGCUGUUGAGGCCUUGGCGUACGUAAGCUCCGGCAUGUACGGCGAUGUGCGGGAGAUUGGCACCAUCAUGUGUGGCUUCAUCGUGGUACAGCUUAUGAUGGCCACGCUUAUUUGCAUCCUUUUGGAUGAGCUUCUGCAGAAGGGGUGGGGCCUUGGCGCCGGCACAUCACUCUUCAUAGCCACAAAUAUCUGCGACACCAUCAUCUGGAAGAGCUUUUCUCCUUCAACCAUUAACACAGGCCGUGGUGCGGAGUUUGAGGGCGCCAUCAUUGCUUUUUUUCAUCUGCUGGUGUCGCGCUCCGACAAGGUACGGGCGCUGAAGGAGGCCUUCUACCGCCCACAAUUGCCAAAUCUGACGAACAUUUUUGCUACACUUGUGGUGUUUGCAGUUGUUGUUUUCUUCCAGGGAUUUCGCGUGCCGCUUAUGACCAAGUCGCGCCACGCUGGUGCUGAUCGUCAGCCAUACAUGAUCAAGCUUUUCUACACCAGCAACAUGCCGAUUAUUCUGCAGGCUAGCGUUGUUUCAAACAUCAACUUCUUCUCACAGAUCCUUUCGCGCCGCUUUGGACAGCACAACUUCCUGAUCAAUCUCCUUGGUCGCUGGGAGGAGCGUGCGUACAGUCAGAGCGGUCAACUGUUCCCAGUUGGUGGUCUCUCCUACUACCUUACGCCUCCUGCCACUCUCUAUGAGCUGUUGAAUGAUCCCAUUCACGGCAUCUUCUACGUCGUGUUUAUUCUUUUCUCAUGUGCCGUCUUCUCAAAGCUCUGGGUGACGAUCAGCCACACUGGCCCACGUGACGUGGCAAAACGGCUUGUGGCGGAGGGUCGCUGGCUCGCGCAGGCUCGUGAGAGUGAGGAAGAUAUGGCACGUCUGCUGGAUAAGUACAUCCCUGUAGCGGCAAGCUUCGGUGGGCUCUGCGUUGGGGCACUCACUAUCUUUGCGGACUUCCUUGGUGCCAUUGGCAGCGGCACAGGAAUUCUCCUGGCUGUAACGAUGAUUAACCAGUACUUUGAAAUCCUUCAGCAGGAGGGCAAGGACUUGGGCUACGGCUUCCUCAAGCAUAAGCUUGCAUAA